GUUGGAAGGUAAAACUAAUCUCGCGGGAGCGUCCAGUCGCGGUUCGCGCUUUACUCAGUGGCAAGUGUGGAUUUAAAAUAAAAACACAAACAAACGCGUCUCCGGUUCCGGUGUGCUUCAGUGGUGCUUUAUUUUGUCGAAUCCUUGCCCGCUCCAGCACGGUGUUGGCGUAUAGACAAAACUUCAGGCAGGCUAACACUUUAAGGAGCCCGCGUACGACAUAAUGCUGUCCCCGACAGUGAAGCGGAUGGAGCGUCCGCCACCGCCACCGACACCGCCAAAACCGGACCGUCCCCAGCAAUCGUUGAAGGUGCAGCAGAACAGUAAUGAGCCGGGCGUGGCACCAGUUCCUUCCCAAACGCCAGCCGAGGAGCAGGUCGUGAUGACUCCGCUCGGCAAGACAAACACAUCCACGGUGCUGCUGAUCGAGCGGAAGCUAAUACAGUCUGUUGGCGAACGGACGCAUGUGGCCGGUGGCGACCAUCGGGGCAUUAUCAUAAACAAAACUGCUGAAGAGCAAUGCAAUCGACAGCGCGAACCAGCCCAACUGAGCCUGGAGUUUCGUGUGUUUCUCGUUAGCGCCAACAGUGGUCAACAUUCGCAAGAGUCCCGGCGCAUAAAGUUCUGGUUCCGGCCAUGGCUUACGUCGGAGGACGUACAGGCACAGGUAGCGCAGGACUUUUUCCGCGAGCUGGUCAGCCCGAAGGAGUUCCCGCGUGACUAUGUCGGGUUUAUCAAGAAAAUUAUGAAGCUGCUGCAGAAAGGCUACAAUGAAAUACAAGCUGUUGAGAUCGAGCUACGGAUACUGGAGCAAACGUCAGCCCCACCGUCAAGACCUUUGUCCUUCGAGGAUGAACAGUUCGAAGUGGUUCCACUGACGCCAGAGAAGAUACUUGAACUGAUCGAGCAAGCCUACCCGAACCCAAUCGCCCCGGAAGAUCUAGCCAAGGACUACGGAUGGGAAGAGGAGGAAGUGCUUGCCAUAAUGCUGGUGCUGAAGGAGCGUGGUCUCAUUAAAUCGAUGGAAUACAACGCGUUCACCCGCAUUCACCAUGACGACCAGGCCAUCAAAAUCGUCAAGCAAAUGCCGACGAUCGCGUCGAACAAGCAGCCAACGAUUGCCAUCAUUACUGCGCAGUACUGCGAAAAGCUGGCGGUCGAUGCCAUGCUGGAAAACAAGGAAACGUUCGUGCGCUACACCACCGUCGGAACUUCCUCCGAUAAGCCUACUAACGAUGCGGAACGACACAAACACAGAAGAAAGAAUCGGUUCGGUGAGUCGAACGUAUAUACGCUCGGCAAUAUUGGGGCGCAUCGGAUCGUUAGUACCAAACUGCCGUCGGUUGGCAGCACGCGAGAAGCGAUGACAGCGGCCGGCAAUACCACGACCCGUCUACUCGGCACCUUCCAGAAGGUGGAUUACGUCUUCAUAGUCGGCGUUGCGGGCGGUAUCCCGCACUACACCGACUACCGGCGGCACGUACGGCUCGGUGAUGUCGUCAUCGCAUCCGCCUUCCCGGAACCGAACCCAACCAACGGCAAUCCCCAGAAACCGUACUGCUACGUGUACAGCAGCGGCCAGACGGAGGUUAAGCGCUACUAUCCGACCGACGACGGGCUGCAGGUGAUCGCACGCACGAUCGUGCAGAACGAUGACGGCAAGAAGCCGUGGCUGCAGUACGUACAGGAGGGGCUACAACAGCUCAGUGGACGGGGCGGUCACGCGGAACAUGACUUCGCCCGUCCGGCACCGAACACGGACAAGCUGUACAUGAACAUCGGCAACAAGAACGUGAUCGAGGUGGCACACCCGAUCGCCCAGACGGAUGGGGAAGGGGAUGAAGCGGACGCGGCCGGUGGUCCAGUACCGCACCAGACGCGUCUGCACGCCGGUCCGAUCGGAUCCGGGUACGAUCUGGUACGGUCCGACAGUGCCCGAACCGAGUACGCCCAGACGUACCAUCUGCUAGCGACGGACAGCGAGAUGAACUCGGUGCUGGACAGCGUGGUCGGCAACUGUCGGGAUAGCUUCAUACUGGUGAAGGGUAUUGCCGACUACAAGGACGGCACCACGUCACGCAAAUGGCAAAACUACGCCUCGCUAGCAGCAGCCGCCGUCAUGAAGACGAUCGUCUGCGCGAUGGAUGCACCGACGAACGUGUAAAACGGAACGGAACUCCCAUAACUUCUAAAUAGUAGUGCUCACACACCUGCCCAUCGUCCUAUUAUAAACAGUAAUGUUCAUUCGCUCAAAGUGGCGAACAAAACAGAAACAAAAAUAUCUGACCUGCGGGGGACAUUUCUGGGGGAGUUCUUUACUGCAUGUCGUCGUCUAGCGCAUCGUUUAGAAGGUGGCAAUGGCGGAAAAACAGAAGGAAACAAAGAAAAGGAAAAAGAGCACUCGAAAAGGACCAAAAAACAAUUCUAGUAAAAGGGAAACCAUUUUAGCUAUUUAUAAAAUACCAAUAUAGAGUAAUAUAUUCCUGUAUACUGUGCAAGCG